GGUGUGCGCGUGACGUCACUUUAUUUAUGUGUAGAAGCCACCGGUGAGUGAAAUUAACACUGCCGCAGAGAAUCGCACCUAGGAAAGCUAUACUAUCAGAUCUUUUCUAAAAGUCAAUUGCGUGAGCGAUCAGAAACCUUGAUUGCAAAUAAUGGUUUCCGUCUAGAUUUCCGCCUGCCACGUCACAAUCAACCCUCAUGUCAGAAAAGAAAGAAGGCUGAAAGGCUUCCUUAAUGUGCAGUGUUAUUAUCACAAUGGAUGUCCGAUGGCGCGUCUUGUUCCUCAUUCUGUUACUCUGCCAGUGCGGGUUCACUAACCCCACCGAUAACAUAAACAAUGGAACAUUGAGCUCAAAGCCGAAGAAACUGUCCCCGACAGUUGUCAUCGCUGUACUGGUGCGCAACAAGGCCAUCACUUUACCGCACUUCCUCACCGCCUUGGAGAAUCUAAAUUACCCAAAGGAGAGAAUGUCUUUGUGGAUCAGGAGUGAUCACAAUGAAGACAACACCCUUAAGAUUUUGAGACUGUGGCUAAGUUCGGUAGAGAGGCUGUACCACUCCAUAAACACUGAGCUGCGCUCCUCGAACCCCAAAAGGUUCAUUGAUGAGUCAAGUCCAACGCAAUGGUCCCCUUUGAGAUUUGACCACCUGAUAAAAUUAAAGGAAGAGGCGUUGGCCUAUGCAAGACACGCUUGGGCAGAUUUCAUUUGGUUUUUAGAUGCUGACGUCAUUUUGACAAACAUGGAUACCCUGAAGGACAUGGUGGCACGAGACUUGACUGUUUCCUCUCCAAUGCUACGCUCAGAUGGACUCUAUUCCAACUUCUGGUGUGGCAUGACCAAAUCGUUUUAUUACAAGCGGACUGAGGACUACAAACCCAUUUUGCAACUUGAGAGAACAGGCUGUUUUGAAGUGCCAAUGGUGCACACGGCGGUUUUAAUCAACCUGAGGCACAAAGCCUCUCAGAACCUCACUUUUGUUGCAAGCAAAGUCCCCUACUAUUCGGGCCCUAAGGAUGACAUCAUUACUUUUGCCCUUGCUGCCAAACACUUUGGCGUUCCUCUUCACAUCUGCAAUGAAGCCUUUUAUGGUUAUUUCACGCUGCCAUUGGAAGAAAACCAGUCUCUCAUUUUCGAUGAGGCGCAACUAGUCAACAUAAGAUUGGAAGCCAUAGUGGAUCACGGGGAUUUGGUGCUAAGUGAGCUCAUGGCCCCGUUUGCCCCGCCGCCUGAAAGAGACACUCUGGGUCUGGACAAAAUUUUCAUGAUAAACCUGAAACGACGACCAGAUAGGAGAUUGAAAAUGAUGCAGUGUUUCAACCAGCUUGGCAUUGAAGCAAUCAGCGUUGAGGCAGUGGACGGUCGCCAACUUAACGAGUCGCUGCUCGAGUCCAUGGGAAUCCGCAUGUUGCCUAAUUAUGAGGACCCCUACCACAAACGGCCUCUAACGAUGGGAGAGAUAGGCUGCUUCUUGAGUCACUAUAAAGUAUGGCAAAAGGUUGUAGAAGACAAUUUGGGACAAGUGUUAGUGCUUGAGGACGACAUCAGAUUUGAGAACUUCUUCCGCUCCAAACUGACUCACUUGAUGGCAGAGCUAAGCAGCCUAGACUUCUCUUGGGACCUUGUAUACGUCGGCCGCAAAAAGCUGCAGAGUGAGGAUGAACCACCGGUGCAGACCUCAAAGAAUUUGGUCUGGGUUGGCUACUCUUACUGGACCCUCGGCUAUUUGCUCAGCCAGAGCGGCGCCCGCAAACUGCUCGCGGCGCAGCCUUUAUCAAAGUUGCUGCCCGUUGACGAAUAUCUGCCGAUCAUGUUCGACAGGCAUCCUGAAUUUAAAUGGAAGGAGCACUUCGAGCCGCGUGACUUGGUUGCGUUGUCUGCGCAGCCCCUGCUAUUAUACCCCACGCACUACACCGGCGAGCCGGGCUACAUCAGCGACACCGAGGACUCGUCUCGCAUCCCGACGGCCCCGCAAUCGCCCCGUGACGAUUUGUGAGCAACAAAUGUGACGGAAAUAUCGCGUUGCUCGGCUGGUGUAACUUCUCUAAUCUGACAGGAUAAUUUUAUUCCGUUUAUUUCAAAAUAUGCAAUCAGCUUAUUUUAUUUGGCUGAAAGUGCCGCAGUUUAUCGUAUUGGAAUGCAGAAAGCGUAAAAAAUAGUUUUUAGUUGAACUUGUUCGAUUUCGCAUUUCUUAUAGUCAUUUAUGUUCAGUCAACCGUAUUGAUUAUUUUAUACAUGUCUUUUAUUGUUACUUGUAAUUAUUCGUCAAGGAAAUUGAAGUUACGCCACUUUUUCGCCUUUUUCCCAUUUUGUUGCCACUCGAGCUAUGCAUUAUCGCCGCUCGUUGCCAAUUAACAGCGCUUAGUCGCUGGUGUCAUUUAAGUCGGCGCCGCGUCAAUUACAGCGCCGAUCCCACAGCUGUUUGAUCUGAAUGACGCAUUCAUCCCGAUGUACUCUUGCGCCGACUCGUGUUUGCGUGUUUAAUACUGGCUCGCUCGCUUUUAUUGACUGAUUUAUGACUCCCCUUUGAUUAUUGACCUGCCGUAAAGAGGGAUUGUCUAUUUUACAACUCCAUUCGACAGCUCUUCCAGACCCUGAAAACUGACGUUUUCUCUCAUUUUGGCAACCGAUAUUAUGAGCGGUUUUUCAUUCAUAAAUCUGGUCGGUAUAUCGAAAUCAGCAGUCCAUGACGAAUGUUUUUCCUAAUUUACAGUUCAUUUUUUUAACACUAAGCUCGAAUUGAAAUUUUGAUUCGCUGUAGUGGCUUUGAUUUUAAUCGUCAAAGUUGGACAUAGAUUAGAAAAUACUCCAAUUUAAUCAUAUUAAUGUUUAUAAAUGAUAAAAUCAUAACCCUUAUAAUUAUUUAAAAUCCCGUGGCGAGGUCUCUUUUCUUUUUCUCUCUUUGACUUAGCAUUCAUGGAGGGUUAAUCCCUAAAAUUAAUUCCAUUCUGUGAGCAACGGCUCACAGUCCCCAAUCAAAGGCGCAAGUUAUGCAAGCCGCAAGUCUCUGAGCAAUUUGUUGUUCAUCCCUCGCCUGCGGUCACCUCGCAUACAAAUGUGUGACCCAUAGACGAAUCUUUCCAACCAGGACACCGGCAAUAUUCGAUUUUGGGGUCGGGAUGAUCAGCAAGUCAAAUUAAACAGGAAUUCCAAAAGCAGCAUCAAACAAGAAUUAAAAUUCUUACUGAAUAAACUAAAGUAAGAUCCUAGUCAAAGUGUUGAGAGAAACUUUUCGCAAAGAAGAGCAACUCUCACUAAAAUAUGCAUUUAUUUAUGAUGUACAAUAAUCGCAGACGCAGACAGUCGUACCAAGGUCUUCCAAGGUCUUUUCGUGCCAUAAAAUUUGAUCGCACUGGCGGCCGUUCUCGCGGAUUAAUGAGAGCCAUUAGCCUUUAGCUGUGCGAGAAACUGAAUGAGCCAUUAGCUUAACUCGGCGCAAAAAUUUAUUUUCACAUUCCUGCCGCCGUUAAUUCAUGUGCCAUCAUCGUUCUCCUAGAAUGACUUUUAUCUCAGCUCUCUUCUUAAUCAAAAAUCGAAAUGUACACUUCCACUGAUGUUGAUUAAGAACUAAUAAAGCUUUAUUACUGCA